AUGGUGCCCUCCCCCCAUGCACCUCCUCCUUCUCUCUCCUCAAACCUGUGGGUUCAGACUCCUCCAUCAGGAGGAGAUGCUUACUCAUGGUGCCCUCCUCCUUCUCUCCUCAGACCUGUGGGUUCAGACUCCUCCAUCAGGAGGAGAUGCUUACUCAUGGUGCCCUCCUCCUUCUCUCCUCAGACCUGUGGGUUCAGACUCCUCCAUCAGGAGGAGAUGCUUACUCAUGGUGCCCUCCUCCUUCUCUCCUCAGACCUGUGGGUUCAGACUCCUCCAUCAGGAGGAGAUGCUUACUCAUGGUGCCCUCCUCCUUCUCUCCUCAGACCUGUGGGUUCAGACUCCUCCAUCAGGAGGAGAUGCUUACUCAUGGUGCCCUCCUCCUUCUCUCCUCAGACCUGUGGGUUCAGACUCCUCCAUCAGGAGGAGAUGCUUACUCAUGGUGCCCUCCUCCUUCUCUCCUCAGACCUGUGGGUUCAGACUCCUCCAUCAGGAGGAGAUGCUUACUCAUGGUGCCCUCCUCCUUCUCUCCUCAGACCUGUGGGUUCAGACUCCUCCAUCAGGAGGAGAUGCUUACUCAUGGUGCCCUCCUCCUUCUCUCCUCAGACCUGUGGGUUCAGACUCUUCCAUCAGGAGGUGGUGGAGCUCGGUCAUGGCGUCUCAUUCUUGCUCCUCCUGCCGGCAGCUGACGAUGUGUGUUCUGCUCCAGGACAAACUCCUCUCUGCCCACGGUCUGGGUUCCUCCACCUGCCCCUGCAAAUGUUUGAACUAGUCCACCUGUCCUCGUAUAAGGAGCGCCUCCUCAGUCUGUACUGUCGGAUUUCCUCGGUCCUGGACCUAGACCUCCUCCUCACACAGCAGAGUUUGAGAGAAGCCAUCACUGAUACUGAGGUCUGCAUCUCCAAGAGAAGGAGCCAGACCAUCCAGGACUACAACCAGCAGUUGGAGGAGAUGCGCAGAGACCUCCGGUGGCUGACUGAGGCAUUGCAGUUUGCUCGGUACAAACAACCGAGAGGAGGAGUCCCUGUACUGGCCCUGUUGCCCUCCCACUCGGACCUCCCUCAUAAGAGUGGCUCCACCUCCUCCACCAUCGACUCCUCCAUCACCUCCUCCCCUGAGCUAAGGCAAAGACAGCCCCCCAGUGACACUGUGUGCUCUGAUGAAGACUGCUCCUCCGAAGUCUUUCUCCCCACAGACAGUGACUAUGACUCCAGUGAGGCCCUGAGCCCCCGCCUCUCCCUCUGCUCCCCCCCCUCCCCCCACACAGAGCCUCUCCGGAGACAGGCACUAGGGGGCAGCGCUCCAGACAGACUCAGGUGCAGCAUAUCACACUCUGACCUCUCCCCCUCCCUCCCCCUCUCCCCCUCCCUCCCUCUCUCUCCCUCCCUCCCUCUCUCUCCCUCCCUCCCUCUCUCUCCUGCCAUCAGUGAAGCCUCCUCAUCACUGCAGCUGCUGUCUCUGUCCGUGCCCAGACCAGAGAUCGGACCAGAGACCAGACCAGAGAUCAGACCGGAGACCGGACCAGAGACCAAAGCAGAGACCAAACCAGGUCCCAGACCCUUGCCCAAACCAGUCAGUGCUCCGUCCAAACGUAAGCUGCUCUCGCGCUCCACCAGAGGGCAGUACUUCAGUGGACCUCAGCGAUGGAUCAGAGCACAGAACAGAGAGACCAGUCUGUCUGAAGGAGUCUACACGCGGAGCAAGGAGGAGGUGCACACAGGGGAUACAUUCAUAAGCCAUGCCUCUUGCGUCCUUGAGAAACGCCGCCGCGAGCCCCACCCACACGUGCGGCGCAUCUUCACCGACGCUACAACAACAGAGACCUGUGACAUCACCACUGACAUCACCAGUGACAUCACUGCUGAGCUUGGGGGGAGGGGUUUCACUUUGGGGGCUGGGCCUGAGCAGGAAGUGGAUUCAGACGAACAAACAAACGCUCAGGUGCAAGAGAUCCUCAGCAGCACUUUAUGA